UGUCAAGUUAUGCAACAUUAUCAGAGGAUUAUAUUGCAUGCCUAACAUUUCCCAUAGAAUCAUGAAGUCUACAAAAUUAUCUCUGUGUUUUAAUGCUCUACUAUUCCACAUAACAGUAGCGUAUGCUUGCGACCCAGCUGAAGAGGGACGGCCAUAUUUACUAAAACACAGCAUAGCUAAAGUUCCAUGGGGUGUAACAAUGGUCACGUGGACAAAGGACGACAUUUUAGUCGCUGAUUGUCCUGUUGCUACUGCAAGUUGUACAACCAAUGCAAUGACGUGGUUGGUAGCAGAAGUUAUAAAGACAGAUGAUAAUAUAACAUUUUUCUUAAAUAUUAGUAGCGUUUCAAGACUAUCACGGAACAACUCCAAAGGAAUUUGGAAGUUGAAAUCACACACAUCUAGUCCUAGGGCAGAAGAAUUUUAUAACUGCAAUCUUCAGGUCUAUGCAAAGAUAAAAGAGACGAAGUGUAUAAAGAAUUUGUCCAAGGAUGGUCUAACCGUGUCCUGUUAUGGGAAACAAGUUUAUCCAGAGGCUAUGAUGUCCGUUAUCAGAGCACCAUGA